AUGCUGGUCAAUUUAGGCCUGACUGCUGACGCCGCUGCCGUUCAUCGACACGAGUUCUCUACACAUCAAAGUGAGCGAUCCACGACCCCGACUCUUUCGCAGGUUUCGAACUCCAUCCUGGCUCUUGGAUUCAUGUCGUCUGGUAGGCGCGUCCGUAGCCCUGGAACCGGAGCUUCUAAGCCAGCGCCUGCAGGCCCGGUGGGUCUUUCGUCACCUUUGUCGUCUCCUCUAUCUAGCCCUAGAGAUUCAAUUGAGGUGGAACGUGACCAGGAUGAUUCCGGGUUUGAUAACUGCAGUGAAGUUGAGCAGGAUAUUCCCAUAAGCCCCAGAAGGCGAAAUGUCCGCCGCUCCAAGACGUCGUUUCGCUUUGCUCAUCCGCCGCCGUCCGCCCAUAAGCGUCUGAGAAUCCGACCUCGGCUGUUGCUACAGCUGCAACAUGUAUCUCAAAGCUCCCGCCCGAUUUCCGCGCUAGACGUGCUUCCCUCUUGUCUCUUUGGUACCCGUGCCGCGAGAAAGGUAUCCAAUCCGUGCCGGGGAAAGGAUCGUAUCGGCCCAAAUGACCUUGUCAUCGUCCCCAGCGACUCCUACGGCCCGUCAGAGGACGAGCAGCGGAACUCAGCCGAUAUACAGAGGGAGCCGGUGGCAGUAAUAAGUCAGCCCCGUAAGGAGGAAUCUAAGGCCAUGGCGGAUAUCUGCAUUGACCAAGGAGGCGUGUGGGAAGUAACGUCACUUUCCAGCAAUAUCUAUGAAUUUUCCCAUACAGAUGAAAAUGGGCUUCGCAAGUCAGUGCGCUGGGUAUUGCGUGGCAAGCAAAAUCGGAACUCGACUGGGUCGAUUGUCGGCUUUGAACAGAACAGUAAACGGUUCACUUUCAGCGUAAUCGAUCCGACAACCCGUCGACACCCGGUUAUUGCAUGGAUGACCAGGAAUGGCAUUGACGUGCUUGAUCAGUACUCAUCAACAUCUGGGUCUAUUCGCAGCCGUUCAACUAGUGUCUCUUCCCCGAGUUUUAACUCGAGGCGCCCAGAUCCGGUCUCCGAGAAUGAUAUGAUCGAAACUGACGAUCAGCUGCGAACGCUAAUAGUCGUCACUGGAAUCUGGGUGGCGUUGCGCGAAGGAUGGUCGAGGUAUCCCUUGUCAUCGGAGGCCAGACAUAGCAUACCUCGCUCCAGGAGCACGACCACCUCGCCCACACAGCUACAAUUCCAGGUGGCAGAAUUCGAUGGCAGCCAUAGUGAAAUAGGGUUGCCUACGCAGGAGCGCCAUCGAGGCAGCAUUCAGUCAACUGUGCAAGCAGCGCGACGAGCUAGUUUGUCAGUGCGUAGUCGGCCCGUGUCUCCGGCCCAUUCAUCGUGGGGCCCCGUGAUAAAGCCGGAGCCGGCCAGGAUCAAUCCAGAGAAAGGCCCUCCGAAAAAGUGGCCGAAGCAGCAUCGACGUAAACGGCAUUGUGUUCUUUGCGCCGGUCGUGAGUCCCCUUCGCCUCCUAAUAGCCCGAAUCUCCCUGAUAUACCCAUACCAUCCCCGACGAUACGACGAAGCAGGCGCCACGCGACGCGAGAACCAGCCCGGGUUGAAUCUAACGAGAAUGAUGCUGGACAUCCAUCAGUUAAUGCAGCCCCGAUCGCUUCACCCCGAAAAGCCGAAGCAGCGACAAGGCGAAAAUGGUGCGGCCUGGGCUUCUGGAUUGGAACAAAGGAGAGGAACAAAGCUCGCUAG